AUGCAAUACAAGCCGAACAUUUACAGACAAACCUCACAUAUUGUAGGAUUUACGGACUAUCUAAAGCCACCAAAGGCGUUUCCCGUGAACGUUGAAGAACUGCUAUGGAGAGCUUCAAUGAGUCCUAGGAUUCGCGGACAUCCAUUCCAUCUUGUUCCCAAGGUUGCUUUUAUGUUCUUAGCAACAAAUCAAACAAGCAAUGUGAAAAAGGUUGAUCGCAAUGCAAGGAUGCAUCCUGAAAGUCCGAUGUUUCAUGAGCGAAGAAUUCCUAGUCAGGAAGUAGAAUGGGGGAAGGUGAGCUUGAUUGAGGCUGUGAGCCGCCUAUUGGCGAAUGCUCUUCUCGACAUCUCAAACCAACAUUUUGUUCUCCUCUCAGAGACAUGCAUUCCCCUCUACAACUUUUCCACUGUCUACUCCUACCUCAUCAACUCUACCCGAACUUUCGUAGAGGUCUUCGAUGACCCAAGUUCGGUCCGGUACUAUCUCAGCAACCAUACGAGAAUCACGGUAGAUCAAUGGAGAAAAGGGUGGGCGUGGUUUGCAAUUGAUAGAGAGGUUGCCAUUGAAUCCAUCUCGGAUCGAAAAUACUUCCCGGAAUUCCUCAAGUGCAAAGGCUAUUGCUUUCCGGAUGAACAUUAUUUGCCAACAUUUGUGCACUUGAAAUUUGCAGCAAGGAAUGCAAAUAGGACUUUGACCUGGGUUGACUGGAGCAAGGGCGGCCCACACCCGAUGGAGUACAGGAGCCCGAACGUGACGGCGGCGCUUCUGAGUAGCCUGAGGAGUGGUUAUGGUCGGAAAUGUGAAUACAAUGGAAGGAGCACGGAUGUUUGUUUCUUAUUCGCCAGAAAGUUCAUGCCUGAUACUUUGGAUAACCUGCUGAGACUUGCACCGCAGAUCAUGUAUUUCAGCAUAUAG